AUUUUUCCCCUACAUAGAUAAGAUGGAAUACGUAGCUAUAAUAGAUAUCUACUAAUAUUAUCAAUUUUCUACGGUAAUAGAUUUAACCCGUCAAAGGUAGAUCCUCUUUAUGAACAAGCCUCCCCCCUAUAAAAACUAUGAGAAACUCCGAAAAAAACAAAAUGGCGCGAUUUUGUGAUUUCAACGUGCCUUACUCGGAAAAUACAGAAAAUCUUCGUCAGAUUGUGGAAAUGGCAAUCAAACUUGGUUAUGAGUCUGUUGCCUUAAAUUGCACCGUCACACCAGGAACAACGAAAGGGCAAGCAGUAGUUCCUCCACCACCAAAACCAGUUGAGUUAAGCGAGGCAACUUUAGCCCCUUUUAUGGUACAGGGUAAAGCAUUCCAGCAGUUGACUCGAUUGACAGCUAUCAUAGAGACUCAUGAGCAGAAAUAUAAAGUGAACCCCAAUAAUUCAACAAUCACUGCCUAUGACAUCCUUGCUGUCCAGCCACUUAACCUAAAGAUGUUUGAGGCUGCCUGUAAGGAACUAGAGGUGGACAUUAUCAGCCUGGACAUGACACAGAAGCUACCUUUCUUUCUCAGGCUGACUCCUAUCAAGAGGGCCAUUGCCAGAGGAGUUCACUUUGAGAUAGUUUAUGCUCCAGCUAUCAGAGAUAGUACAUUAAGAAGAUACGUCAUCUCUAAUGCAACAGACCUGAUGACAUUCUGCAAGGGAAAGAACAUUGUCCUUUCCAGCCAAGCUGAAAAGGCUAUAGAGCUAAGAGGUCCUCAUGAUGUAGCCAACUUAGGAGUGCUGUUUGGGAUGAACCAGGCCCAGGCUAAGGAUGCUGUAUCCAUCAACUGUAGGUCUGCGUUACUUCAUGCAGAGACCCGUGGCUCUGCUGUAGGUGUGAUCUCCAUCGAGAGGAUCAUGAAACAGACUCCAGGGGUGAUCUCCGUGGAGAGGAUCCCUUCAGCCUCUACUGACAAGAGGGCUUUGGAAAAGGACUCGGGGGAAGGGCAGGAUAGGGAAGACCCACCUGGGAAGAAACCAAAACUUGUGGCCAAGAAAAAGAUUAAGUAGUCUCAGGCAAUGGUUUGACUUACCUUACCUUACAAUCAGGAACAGACUUUUCAUAGCAUUUUAGUCUUUUUUUUUUUUGCAAGAAAGAUAUAGAGGAUGAAUAUACUGUUACAUGCAGUAAAUACAAUUAUGACUUAAUCUAAGUUUCAGGUUGACAUGUACUUCUAUUGCUGUUGUGGUAGCAGCAAGAACAAGUUUCAAAGCUCCAUUGGUUAUUGUUUAUUGGUACAGUAAUAAACAAAAGACUAUGUGGUGUCAGUGAAAAAAUACUACUGUGGUAUCAAUUUACUGACAACUCUGAUGAAUAACUAAUGUGGCACAAUCCAUAUAAAUACUGCGCAACAGAUGAACAAGUUACAGCCUAACUUUCUUUAUCCAUCCCAUAUCAGACAAAUACAGCAGAGGCUCCAAAGAACAAAAAUUCUUAAAGUAAACAGUGGAGACAAAAAAGUCCAUAGAGAUUGCUGGAUAUAAACCUUCUAUUUGCCUGCCAAGGUGAAUUAAACAUGUAUAUUUUGUAGAUGUGCUUUCAAAGCUCAGUCUGACAGCACCAAACAUAUAGGAAAAGAGAUACUCCAGUAACAUUCUAGAUCGUGGUAAUAUAAAAAAAACUUCCUCACAUUAAUAUGCAGCAUUUUGGUGUAUGUUGCAUACUGUAUAUCACCCUAGAAUAUAUUGACUAAUCAUACUAAAUGCGUAUUCCCUAAAUGGUAAAUACGAUAUUCUGUAUUGUAUUUAUCUCUCAACAGAUAUACAAUCUAGUCAAUUGAAAAAGCUGACAUACUAUACAGCAAAUAAAGGACAUGCUUAAGCACA